UGGAUGGUGUUUUUCUGGCAUCAUGCUUUGUGUGUUAUAAGAGUUCCUGAAGUAGGAAGUGAGGGUGAUUGUGGCCUUUCUCGAGAGCAUGGAGACGUCCGCGGAUCAGCAGGAUGGAGGGUCGUACACCCAGAGCAACCCGCUGUUCGACAUGACCGACCUCUACAGCUUCCAGCCCGAGGAUCUGAAGCCGGUGCAGCCCAGAAGACAGAAGUGGUGUUUUAAUAUCAUUAUCCUCUUCCUCAUCUUCCAGAGCGCCCUCAAUGUUUUUCUCCUUUAUACAGUUAUCAAGUUGGGGUCUUCGUUUUCUGAUCCCAGGUUGGAGAAGCAGACGUCCAAUUCCAUCCCUCUGGAUGAUGACUACAUUCAAACCCUGCUCUCCAACAACACUCAAGAAACCAAGACCCUGAGGGUCAACCUCUGGGCCCUGAAGAGCCAGGUGAGCAGCCUGUGUGGGGGGGAGGGGCCUCUUGCCCAGCUGCGGUCAGACCUGAACCGGCUCAACACCAGUACACACAACCUGGAGGGCCAGCUGACCUCCAUCAGCCUCAUACCAGGACCGCCUGGUAUUUCAGGAACAAAUGGGCUUCAAGGCAUGACAGGAGAGAGAGGUUUCAAAGGUGACAGUGGUGUUCCUGGCCCUCAAGGACCAAAGGGGGGAACGGGACCCAUCGGACAACCUGGGCAACAAGGAGCUGCUGGUCCAAUCGGUACACCUGGGCUCCCAGGAGACCCUGGGAAUCAAGGUCCAGGUACAAAGGGAGAGAAGGGGGACCGUGGGGCCCAAGGUGUGAAUGGACUUCCUGGUUUCAAUGGAACUGAAGGUCCUCCCGGACCACCAGGUCCCAAAGGAGACACGGGAGACAAAGGAACUCCACCAGAGUUGGUUGUGCGUCUGGUGCCGGGGAAAGCCAGAGGCCGAGUGGAGGUGAACUUCAAAGGAGUCUGGGGCACCGUGUGUGACGACAGCUUCGACACAGUGGAUGGAAAAGUGAUCUGUAAGAUGCUGGGCUACCAAACGGCCGUUUCCACCUACGUCGCCAGCCCAGGUUCUGGUAAUAUCUGGCUGGAUGAGCUUGGAUGUUUAGGAACAGAGUCUGACAUCUUUAACUGCCGACACCCAGGAGUUGGUAUUCACAACUGCAAUCACAACGAGGACGCCGGAUUGCAGUGUAUCUAGACCGAAGAACGGCUCACACAACCGCGUCAAUACGAAUGAUGUUCACAGCUGGAUGUCAUUACAAAUUUAUAAAACACAUCAUACUAUUGCAUUCAGUUCAAAGUUUCACUUUAUUACGAAAGACAUUAGCCAAAAUAAAAUUGUACUGUAAACACAACAAUCAUGCUAAUAAAACUUUACUGAAAUAAAAUCCCCAGGCAUCAUUUCUUCCCUAAUAUUUCCAAAUGGUUACUGUACUGUGAAAAGUCUUUAAACCUCUUUUAAAAAAGUCAGAUGGGAAGACACUAUGAUGUAGAGAGUAAGGUACUUCGCAAUGGAUGUCUUCAGAUACACAAUUCAAAAUAGUAUUAAACAUGGAGGUUAGAAAUAGGCCAAAGGCUUCAGUUCUGUUACUGUUUUUCGUUUCAGUAUUAACCACGUAAAAACAUUCAAACCUUGAAUCUGUGUGUAUACAGGAUAUGGUUACAAGUGCAGUGUCCUUAUUUUGAUCCCAGAUACUAGAACUAAUGUUGAUUAUUUUCAGCACACCUAUUCAUUUUAGAAACUGGAAGCUUGAUACUUUGUUGUAUAGUUUACGAAAUAAACUAUUGUAAUAAACGGUC